AUGCAGAUCAAAGACCGUACCUUCAUUGUGAGCGGAGGCUCUUCUGGCUUGGGUCUCGCAACUACCGUCAUCUUCCUCCAACACGGCGCCAAUGUCUCCAUCUUCGAUCUCAACCCUCCGCCCUCAGACGCCUCUCUCGACUCCUCCCGAAUCCUUUUCACAAAGACAAACGUUGCGUCGACCGAGUCACUACAAGCAGCUUUGCAAAAUACUCUAAACUGGAUUCAAGAGACCACAAAACCGUUGUCCGGGGUCAUCUGUUCCGCAGGCAUAGGCACGGCCGCACUGGCGCUUCCUAAGCAGGAUCCCUCGGCGAGCCAUGAAAGCGUCAAAUACAUGGACAUGUCUGGCUUUGACCGCACCCUGGCCGUCAACCUCCGGGGCACGGUUGACCUGAUCCGCCUCACUCUACCGCACAUGGCGCUCAACAAACCGUGGGGUCCCGAUGGCGAACGAGGGAUAGUGGUUGUUGUCUCGUCUGUGGCGGCAUAUGAAGGACAGGUCGGCCAGCUAGCCUACAGCGCCAGCAAAGGUGCGGUGCGCAGCAUCGUCCUCCCACUGGCCCGCGAGCUGGGCCAAAAGGCAGGGAUUCGAGUCAUGGGGAUUGCACCUGGUGUCUUCCAGACCGGCAUGACCAUGCAGCCGAAGAAGCCACAGCCGGCACAGGGACAGAAGUCACCAUCAGCAAAGAAAGAGGGGGCUGAAAAACCGAAAGGGAGCACUGGGUCGCGGGCGGGCAUGAAUACCGAGAUGAUCCAGUACCCAAUGCGCAUGGGUCAGGGCCAUGAAUUCGCACGGCUGGUCAAGGAGAUUGUGGAGAAUCCCAUGCUGAAUGGGUUUGUGAUCCGACUCGACGGCGCCGUGAGGAUGCCUAGCCGGCUGUAG